AUGGCUGCUAAGAACAAAGGUGCUGUCUUUCGUGUCUCGGGUUUACUGGCUAAGAAAUCAGACGAAGCCGUGGAAAUCGAUCUCAGGAAAACCAUCACUGAGAACCUGUCUGAUGUGGAAGCAAAACUUCGUUUUACUGCGGGUAUUGUGCCCUCUUGCAACGAUGACGCGCGAAGAGUGGCACUGGUAGAAUUUCACGAUGGCGUUCCUAAGUUCUUGCAUGCAUUAAUGGCCAAUCCACUGGGAGAUUGGCAAAUCAAGACGAGCCAUGGCGAUAUCAACUUUGACCGUCACUUCUUCGGGUUUACUCAGCUGUACACCCCGAAUCCGAAGACACCUAUCACCGCUGAUAUCAUUGCGAUAACCGGUCUCGAUGGGCACGCAUACGGAUCAUGGAGAGGAAAGGGCAACCUUGGAAGAAUGUGGCUACGUGACUUUCUAGCUCAGGACUUGCCAUGUUGCCGAACCAUGAUCUACGGAUACAACUCUAAGUUGUCAAGCCAUGGUGUCAGUAAGAUCAUGGACUAUGGAAGGGAAUUGGUGGAGGAAUUAAAGAAAGUUCGAAGUUCAAAGGAGGCUAGACAACGACCGCUUUUUUUCAUCGCCCACAGCUUUGGUGGAAUCAUUCUUGCCCAUUGUCUCAUCAAGGCAGCCCAGACGACCACAGACGACCACCCGACAAUAGCCGCCCUUCACAAAGCCACGUACGGAAUGCUUUUGUUUGGUAUCCCGCACAAAGGGCUUGUCGUAGAUGAUAUCCAAAAGAUGCUAGGAGAUGAAAACCAUCCACGCAACUCACUCCUCCAGCAAAUCAGCAAAGAGUCCGAACUACUAGCAUCUCAACUGAUAGACUUUAAAAACCUUAUCCGUGAUCGGAAGGUUAACAACGAAAAGAAACGUUGGGAGAGAGCGGGGAAUUUUGUUACGGCGGUGGACGCCGACUCGGCCCUUCUUCAGCUACCGGACUUAUUGGAAGAGAAGAUUCCAAUCGAUGCUGAUCAUUCGAUGAUCGUCAAGUUUGACAACAAUAAUAGCAAGACGUACGUCAGUGCGCGGGAUAAGCUGAGACAGUUCGAGAGAGACGCCCCAAGAGUGGUUGCGGCUCGCUUUGAACUGGUAACAAAUGGACCGAAACCAACUAUCAUGAUACCAUUUCAACAGGAUCUUAGUUUCGUGGGCCGAGAGCGCAUCAUCACAAAUAUCUUCGAGUGUCACGCGACAGACAACCACUGUCGAGUGACUCUCACUGGCCUAGGGGGUGUAGGGAAAUCUCAAAUUGCUAUCGAAUCCGCAGCAACGAACCUUGUUGGGUCGCAGGGUCAUAACCUUCAAGUGGAACCAAUGGGUGAAGACGAUGCCCUAACGUUACUUGAUACAAGGGGGUUACUCGAUGAGUCCAAUCAUGAUGAUGCAAAAACCCUUGUUGAGGCGCUAGAAUACAUACCCCUCGCAAUCAACCACGCCGCCGCUUGUAUCAAGGCAAGUGCCUUGAUGACAAUGGCAGACUACACCAGGCGAUUCGAGGAGAGUGAAGCACAUCUGGUGAAUGUCCUAGGCAGGGAAAUGUACAAGGAUAUUCGACGUGACAACAGCAUACGUCAUGCCGUUAUUGCGACUUGGCAGAUUUCUUUCGCCCAGAUUCAGGAGACAGAACCACUCGCUGCAGACCUUCUCGCCCUGAUGAGCAUGUUCGAUAAACAAGGCAUUCCGUUAUGUCUACUGCGGUUUCACCGCGACGAACAAUACGAUCUAGAUAAACUUCUGACUAUACUAGUGGACUUCUCUCUUGUGAGAAUAGAGAUUGGAAAACAGUCGGUAGGGAUGCAUGGGCUAGUCCAGCUUUCUAUGAAGAAAUGGCUCGAGGCAGACAGAGACACAACUCAACCAAGGCUACAGCCAAGAAGACUCCUAAAUGCUGCCUCCGCCAGCGGAAACUAUGCUACUGUUGCUGCACUUGCCCUCAUGAUUAUGGCAUACGUCUUCCCCUUUCCCAAGUUUGAGACUCGUGCAAUUUGCAGCAUGUACCUUCCUCACGCUUACGCCGUACUGAAUAAUUAUGGCAAUGGUCUUGCAAAGGGACGUGCUGCAAAAGCCAGCCUUUUGUAUAAUAUUGCUACCUAUCUCGACCGGGAAGGACGCGGCUUUCGGUCCAGAAGAUCUCCGUACGAUGAUGUCUAUGAGCCUACUUGGGAGUACAUACCAUCACCAACAUCGAUGGGAAAAAGCAGAAGAAUUUUUCUUGGAUUCUUUGGAGAUGCGGAAGAGAAAUUUUGGAGAGGUACAUGUCGAUACCCUGGAGGCUUUCUCUGA